AUGGAGUACUGUCGCCAGGGACAAUUAUACGAAGUGAUCAAAAGUGGACGACAUAUUGCUAAGGAUAAAUUUGCGGAGUGGGCUCGACAGAUCGCUGAUGGCAUGAACUAUCUGCACCAGAAGCGCAUCAUACAUCGUGAUCUCAAAUCACCGAAGUGGGCCAUUCAUUUCUACAAAUUUAAGGUUGAUAUUUGGAGUUUCGGAGUGGUACUAUGGGAGCUGCUGACGCAAGAGGUGCCUUAUAAAGAUGUUGAUUCCAUGGCAAUUAUUUGGGGUGUUGGUUCAAACAACUUAAGUUUGCUGAUACCUACCACAGCACCUGAGGGGAUGAAAUUAUUGUUAAGACAGUGCUGGAGUAUCAAACCGCGAAAUCGUCCAUCAUUUAUGCAUAUUUUAACACAUAUUGCGGUUUUCAAGUCAGAAAUUGCAACCAUAACUGACGAGGAAUGGACGGCCAAAAAGGCCCGCUGGAAAGCUGAUGUCAUCGAAUACAUGAAGAGCAUUCGUCAAGAGAAACCGGUAGCACAGCAGAAUAAAGAUGACAGUGGUAUUUUUCUUACCCAUUAG